UGAGAAGGAUUAUGUUGGAUACCAUAGAAACGCGACGCUCUUCUCGAUUGACAAUGUUAUGAAAGAACCCGAUGGAAAUAGCACGUUAUGUUAGCUGUAACAACAAAGGCCAAGAUGCCCCACAAAGCUGUUAAAGUGAUCGUUGAGCUCCACCUGAGAGCGAUAACCUGUCCAGGGGUCCAUUUACCAGCCAAAGAUGAUGUUUACGUCAGUGUGUGUCUAAUGAAUCAAUACAGAAAAUCUGCAUGUCUUCCUGCAGUCUUUCCAUUAAUUAUUCGUGAGAAAAUCAGGUUUGAAAAGUUGUGGAAGUGUGCAACUGAUCCUGCAGCAAUAGCUGAAUUCCUGCAAUGUGAAACUGUGAAAGUUGAACUCAUUCAAUUGACGCCCCCAUCGGGAAGAAUACUGGCCAGUUUUGAAGAAGAUGCCCGAAGUUUUCUGUUCCCAGAGCCGAAGUUGGUGCCGUCUUUCUCUGGAGUACAAAGGGAGGUAUUAAUGACACGGGAUCCCACUUUUCCUGGUAUCUCUCCAAGGUUAGAGUUCUCUACAAAGACCACGAUCAGUGAAAUAAACAAUAGAGAUGGAUCACACAGUGUUCCUGCGAAGGCAAUGACAAGAAAAAGCACAAAGAAGGCCCGACAGGGUAGCGCUGUAUCCCAAAUACAUCCAUUCUCUGCUCCCAGGAGGCAAACAGGACUCCAGGACAGAGACCAGGUUCAGAUGAAGGACUCCUGGACAGGUGGACGUAUCUCUUUCUAUCGUUCACCGAACUUUGAUAGAAGAUUAGGAAGUCUGUCACCUAAUUAUACUUCUCGAUUAAAAGAAGCAGGAAUCUGUUCCAGUCCUUUUGUCCCUGAUGGGGACUCCUCGGAUACAGACGAUCUCCUCGACUACGCUGAGGAAGUGGGCCAGCGUCAUUCCCUUAAGGAAUAUGAGGGCUCUUCCAGCCCAAGUCACUCUAGCACGGAAAGCCAGAGGCACAAUGGGUGUGUGUUUGUGUGUGUAUUCUCCAGAUCUCUCCUGGGCUCUUCUGGUGUGUGGGAGGAGGUUCAAGAACGAGUUCAGAGCCUUUUAACAUCUCCUAAAGCAGUUUACAGACUGGCCUGUGGUGCCAGUGAGUCUGAGAUAGAUGAAGUGCUAAUGCGGAGAUCUAUUGUGGCCCACUCAUGUUCAUUUUAACCACCAGUGUGAAGGAUAAAGUUUUGUAGAGCAUCAUUGCAUCAUAUUCCAUUGUGUGUGUGCUUUUGUUUUGUAGUGUGGUGAAAUGAAUCACGUAUUCCUUGCGUUGGUGCUCUUAUUAUAGCUCAGUGACAUCAAAACAGACUUUGGUGACAAUAAAUGGUCAGAUGAUAUGUUUUCUAAAAAUACAAUCCUGAAGAGGAUGAAUCCUUUGUUCUCAUGACACAGCAGUAGCGCACAUGCAAGUGACAGGUUUAGGUGUUGUUGCGAUAUCUCUGUAUGAUAUCAUGUAUAUUAAAGACAAAUAAUAUAAAACAAAUUCAAAAUCAUCAAAAAUGACCAGGGAAAAUUAUUAUUCCUUCCUCUUUGGUCUGACCAUUUACAUGCAGAUGAUGCUUUUAUUAGCAAUUGAAAUGCACCAAGUGCUUUGGUUGAUCAUCAGGUUCAAAAGAUUUAUUCUGUUUGUGUCAGCGAGCCUCAGGUGUGACGUAUAGCAUACUAUUAAUGCAUUUUCCCCUUGGACUGCCUUUCCCGUUGAGGACUAAAUGAAGAACAUCCAU